AUGGCGAGUUUGAAGCACAAAGAUGACAGCAUGGGGAUGUACUUGCAAAAGGUGAAAACCAUGGUUAAACAACUAGAGCAAUUCAGCAUUUCUCAUAUUCCUAGAUCCGAAAAUGCUCAGGCCGACUCACUGGCCAAAUUGGCUAAUUCAGCUGAUGGGCCUAAAGCUCGUAACAUCACAUGGGAAAUCUUACCUAGCCCAAGCAUAAAUCAAUCAGUCACCAUGAUAGAUAGAUCAGACACUUGGAGGGAUCCCUUCAUCAAGUAUUUCCAACAAGGAACAUUGCCCGAUGAUCCAUCUCUCGCUCCCUUGUUUCUUAAAAAAGUCAAGUGA